GAGCGCACCAGACACUGCGAGACACCCCAACCAACACCUCCUUCAUUCACUCUCUUCUCUCUUUUGCUAUUGCACAACUCUCGCUACGUUGCAUCGACCACUUCAAGACUCAUCAAUAGCUCUCCACCAGCACACCGCGACUGUCUCAACCGCAACCACCCUCUCCCUCCCGCCCGGUGGCAAACAAAAACAAAGACGUAGUGCACAACACCACCCAGCCAAAGGGCGGUGUCUCGGUGCACCCAGGCGACUCGGCACCUCCGACCAACAUACCACCCUCCGACAUGCCGCCCCGUCUAAAUACCGCCCAAGCCGACUUGGACGACGAUGACAUUGUCGUGUUGAACGAAGCACCAGUUCACAUGAGGCCCAAAGCAAGGGCAGCGCCCAUCCUUGUCCUCUCGUCAGACGAAGACGAGCCGGGCCCUUCAGCCCCUCGGGGCUCGGGGCGAGGAAAGCGAACGCGCUCGAGCAGCAGCCCCAUUCUCAUUGAACAGCCGGCGCCUCGGAAGCGUAAGACACCCCGGGUUCAAACCGGUGACAGUGCUCACUCUUCCGCUGUCAACGCGGAAGCUGGGCCUUCGAACCAACCGGCCCCAGGCUCGGAUCCCCAAGCGCCGAUUGUACCCAAGGCAGACUACCUCGUGGACUUGGUCGUCGACAUCAUACCCGACAUUUGCCCAGACUGGGUCAAGACGAAUCUCACUCAACAGAUUGCGGCUCUCGCACCGACGAGUAAUGUGCCGGGGCAAGACGCAGUCCGCAUAGUUAUCGACAUGGCGUUUGCGUUGGACGCGUACCCAAAAGCGGGAGCGGCGGCCGCGAAGGCCGCCCCGCAGGACAGGGAGGCGGAGGACAGCCAGUACACGGACCCCAACUAUCGAAAGGAUAAGCGCACCGGCUUGUCAUACCGGUCCCAAGCUCUAGAGGUGCUCGAGAGCCACUUUCUGAUGAUCCCUGUCGGAUUUAUUCGACAAACGUUUCAGACAGGGGGUGGCUUUCAGCUCAUCCCGACAUACUUGAUACUGUUACGCCAACAAGCUGGAGGGCCGGGCCUGUUUGCCCCGUUGAAGAAGGGUCGAACGGAGACAAAAGGGAAGAACCACGCCUUACCAGACGAGGACGAGUGGUUCAAUGAUCCUAUUGUUGUUCGAGGCGGCCCCGACUAUCACGACCCUUCUGGUUAUGUCGAACUGCGUCGCGAGAAGAAGCAGCUGAUAGCUCUCAUGAACAAGGAGAAGGAGACGAAGGAAGCGGAGAUUGCCGCUGCCAAGGCUGCACAAGAGAAGGAGGCUGCCGCCGCCAAGGCCAAAGAGGAUGCUAUCAAGACUGGCAAUGCAGCGGAGUGUGGCUGUUGCUUUGACAUGGAGCCUUUGUCCGAGAUGGUGUCCUGCGACGAGGGCCACUUAUUCUGCAAAACCUGCGUCAAGAGUCUGGCUGAGAGUAAACUGGGCGAGCAGUUGACUGCCAUCAGUUGUAUGGAUAUGUCUGGAUGCGCCAAUCUGUUCACUGAAGGGGUACUGGCUCAAGUUCUCCCCACCAAGACGCUCGAGCUCUAUCAUCGAUUGAAGCAGUACAAGGACCUGGAGAUGGCGGAGAUCGAUGGCCUGGAGAGCUGUCCGUUCUGCCCCUACGCUGUCGUCAUCGACAACGAGGCGGAGAAGCUAUUCCACUGUCUCAACACUACGUGUCUGAAGGUGACUUGCAGGAAGUGCAAGCGGCCGGACCAUAUCCCAAAGCGGUGUGAAGAGGUCGAAGCCGACCUCAAGCUUGACAAGCGGCACGCCGUCGAAGAGGCUAUGUCGGAAGCGCUGAUGCGCAAGUGCCCGAAGUGCUCCAAGCCGUAUGUUAAGGAACACGGUUGCAACAAAAUUAUGUGUCACUCGUGUAAUACAAUGAGCUGCUACAUUUGCCAGAAGGCCAUUCCCGAAGGCUAUGCGCACUUUGACCAAGGUCGUCCCGCGGCUGAGCGCAAGUCUGGCAAGUGCCGGCUUUGGGACCAGAACGAGGCGCAGACAGAGGCACAACGCCGAACGCGGGGCCGAACCAACCAGGGGUGGAGGCACGGCUGCACUUUCUUGACGGAAUGGGCCGUGCCGUCGCGGGGGGAGCCGAGCCUCUGCCUGGGGCGGCCGCUCUCCGUCGAGCUAUGCAUGCCCGUCAACGCCCAUUUCCACCUCUGGCCUAUCCAAUGCCACCUCUCCAACCUUUGCGACCAGUGGAACCUGCGCCCGACCUUCUAGCGCAAGUCCAGGCUGAACUGGCCUUGCUUCGUCGUCCUCCUCUGCCUUUGCGACCACUCAUUCCACCACACGGGCACCUCCAUUUGCCGGCACCGCCGCCGUACAUGAACCCGGCCCAGCUUCUUGCGCCACUGGCCCAAGCCGACCUCGAUAACAUGAACCCAUUCCCCAACCCCAACCCGGUGGUCUUUGUACCACCCCCGCUCCCUGGCGAUAUUGCCGCUGCCAUCCCACCCCCACCACCGAUGCCUCCCCUGGCAUACCCUGGCUACCCUCCAGCGUUGGAUGCCCUGCGGGAGCGCCUUCGCAAUCAGCAAGACCAUCUGUACUUGCCUCAGUUCCAUCCGCCGCAGUAACGCGCGUUGUGUCUCCUCCCCUGUGUGUAUCUCUAUAGCAUGGGCUGUUCCCUGACUGGCGCGAUUCGCGCCCCACCAUACCAUUGUACUGUGCAUGAGCGGGCAUAUAUGCAUG